AUGGUCUUUCAGUCUAAGGUAUUCUCCAAAUUCAGAGAAAUCGUUGCAACUAGUGGAUGGGACGCUACGUGGAAAGAACAGUUGACGCCAUGGGAAAAGUGGGACGGGAUGGAGAUCCAACCCCCUUUGCGGGAAGUUAUUGAAUCUGAUCGGGUGGAAUGGCCCCGACAAGGUCAAGCGCUCGUCCCAGGCUGUGGAAGAGGUAACGACGCAAGGUUCAUCGCGACCAGUCUAGGAUUGAAAGUGAUUGGGAUCGAUAUAUCUCCUAUAGCUGUCGAAGCAGCCCAGCAAGAAACUCCCCACGAGAACGUAUCGUUCCGUGUCGGGGACUUCUUCGCAUCGACAGAUGAGCAGUUCGACUUGAUAUACGAUUACACGUUUUUCGUAGCCCUGCCCCCGUCGAUGCGCUCCGAUUGGGGGAGACAGAUGACCAAGCUCGUCAAGACUGGCGGAUUCCUGAUUACCUUGGUAUUCCCAAUCGAUCCGCAGGUGGACAAUGGGCCACCUUUUUUCGUGAGGCCAAACCAUUACGAAGAAGUUCUGGGAUCUGCAUGGGAGAAAGUUAUUGAUGAAGUGCCUACUGAGUCUUCGCCUACUCACGUAAAUCGGGAUAGGAUGAUAGUUUGGAAACGCCUCUGAACUCGUGAGAGAUAUG